AUGAGGGUGCAAGAAGAGGACGCAAAGCAAGGAUGGAAUGUGGAGGAAGAGCUGAAAGAUCGGUGGUCCGUACUUUCCGGCUGGCGAGAUGCUCUACGAGGAAGAAGAGAGUUCAAAGAUUGCAUCUUGUACGGCAAUUUCAACCUUCUCAAACCGCAGGACGAAAAAGUGAUGAGCUAUGUGCGCAACUCUUGCAACGCCCACUCGGACUCUGACUCUACUCGCGCGAGCGUCCCGAGUCGCUCGUUGUUGGUCAUACUCAACUUUAGCGCCGACACGAUCGAGUCGUACGAGUUGUCGCCUGAUGCGGCGCACGAGGCUCAAGAGGAUGCCCGGGUGCAGUACAAGAGCGAAGCGCCCAUCGUCAAGUUGCACGAUUUGGAAAAGAGGGCGAGAUUUGUGCUUGGAAGUAGAGAGGAUAGCAAAGAGCUGAGGUGGAAGGGACAGAUAUUGUCCCGCAUACGACCUUUUGAGGGCUUGUGGUUCGAAUUGGCUCCGUCCACUUGA